CCAAUAGCUACAGCUACAGCUUCGAGAUCGUCCAUCUGGGAGACAACUUUAGGAAACACCACAUACGAUCUGACACGCGAUCAUGGCCCACCUCAACUACGCUCGCUACGGCAAAGACAAUGUCCGAGUCUACAAAGUCCAACGAAACACCGACGGCACUCAAGACGUGACCGAAAUGACCGUCUGCACACUCCUCGAAGGCGACAUCAGUGCAUCAUGGACGCACGCCGACAACGCCAACAUCGUAGCCACCGACACACAGAAGCAGACCGUCUACAUCAAAGCCAAGCAACAUCCCGUCAAUCCUCCCGAGCUCUUCGCCAGCAUACUCGGACAGCACUUUAUCGAUCAAUACAGCCACAUCCACGUUGCACAUGUCAACAUUAUCGUCCACCGCUGGACGCGGAUGGAAGUCGACGGCAAGCCACAUCCUCACAGCUUUAUGCGAGACGGGGCGGAGACUCGCGUGGUGGAAGCUGUCGUGAGACGAGGGAAGGGCAUUAGCAUCAGGAGUGGGAUCAAGGGUCUUUUGGUUCUCAAGAGCACAGGAAGUCAAUUUCACAGCUUCCAUAGGGAUGAGUAUACACGUCUGCCCGAGACAUGGGACCGUGUUCUCAGCACGGAGUCCGAAGCAGGGUGGCGUUGGAAGCAUUUCUCUGGCGCGAAGGAGGUGGAGCAAGAGCAAGCUAUUUUCGACAAGGCACACGCUGCAGCGAGGAAGAUUACAUUGGAGACUUUUGCAAAGGAGAGCUCGCCCAGCGUACAGAACGCUAUGUACUUGAUGGGCGAACAGAUUUUGGCGGCAGUGCCGAAAGUGGAGGCUGUUGAAUAUAGCUUGCCCAACAAGCAUUACUUUGAAAUUGACCUGAGCUGGUACAAUGGCUUAAAGAAUACUGGCAAAGACGCCGAGGUCUACGCUCCCCAGAGCGACCCCAAUGGCCUGAUCCAAUGCACCAUUACCAGGAAGGUAGCUUCGAAGUUGUGA